AUGGAGCAACUGUCCCAAACUCAGGUCAUUGCAUUGGCCCUGCUCUUUGCUCUGGUCAUGAUCUCCCUCAUUUUGACAUCCAUAUCCAUUGUGAUCUUCACUUUGACGCGCUCUCGUGUGUUGCCCCGGGUUCAUGAGCCGUCCCAAUCCUUUACCCAAAAACACAGGCGAUGGUUCAUUAGCCUGGUCAUCGCCCAAGCUUUGGUAGCAACCGGAACAGCGCUUCUAUUUGCCAUUCUGACCUCGGUCAAGGGGGGUUUCUGGUUAGUGUACUUCUCGGGUUCGGUUGUUCUGUCAAGCAUGCUGAGAGAGUCUUUGUGGUUGAGCAGCACUUGGAAUCCCCGCCAGCGAUCAUUCGCGCCACGCCCCUUGUUGGGCUUGCUUACUUUUACCUCCAUUUCUUUCUUUGCUGGCGUCAUCCUGAGCGGCUAUUUCUUCAACCCGGGAAUGAAGUUGGCAGCGGCUUCCGCUAUCACCUACCGCGCCUGGAUCAUCUGGGAAUGGGCACGGGUGGUAUCAGACACCAUAAACGACCAGACUUUCGAGCUGCAUCUCAUGGUCCGAGUUUUUGCAUUUGGUGGUACUAUUCUAGGAUUGCAACCGUUGUCGAGGGUCAAUGGGCUUUUGCACGGAACUAUGAGGUCGGGAAGGAUUGGUCUCAUUCACUACCCGAACACUAGUGAUAGGUAA